ACGUGUUAAUAAACAUUAUUAUAGAAUAUGCAGAGUAUUCGCCAAUGUGUUAAACAAUUAGCAUCAUAUAGCAAAUCUGCUAUAAACAGGACAAGUUUAUUAUUAAGUACAACAAAUUUUACACAAAUACCAACAUGCAGUGUACAUGUUUCUUCAAUCUUAUGUAAAAAUAAUUUUGGAAAUUAUAAAGAAGGUUGUACGAAGUUUUUAGACUAUAAUAAUACUGUGUUUCCACCUCAACAACCAGGUGAAGAAAGAAGACCUGCUUAUGUAUGUCAUAUGAAAGCAAAUAUAAAAUACAGUCCGAAAAAAAUGUGGUACAUCGCGGGCUUUGUACGAGGAAUGUCCGUGGACGAAGCUGUAAAACAAUUGAGUUUUAUGUAUAAGAAAGGUGCUGAGAUUGCAAAGGAAGUUAUAUUGGAAGCUCAGCGUUUGGCUGUAGAGGAACACAACGUUGAAUUUAAAAGUAAUUUGUGGGUCGCGGAAUCAUUUGCUACCAAAGGUAUAGUAAUAAAGGGUUUACGGCGACACGCUAGAAAACGCGUGGGAACUAUACACUAUCGAUAUUGCCAUUAUUUUGUACGCUUGGAAGAAGGACCACCACCUAAGCACUAUUAUCUGCCAUAUCCUAAAACUGGCGAGGACUUGUUGAAUGAUUGGAUGAAAAAUCUGCAUAAUCGCAAAAUACCGAAUUCUUUAUAAUAUGAUUGUAAUACUGUAAAUAUAUAAAUAUAAGAACCAUUUACCAAUCACAUAUAU